CCUCAUUACUGCUUUACCAUUUGCUAUCUUUACUUAGCUGCAAAGAAGCAUUCUUCUCUUCGGACUUUCUAUAUUCGGAAUUUCGAAUUUUGUAUCGGCGCCUCCAAUCAGCGAUGGCGGAGCAGGAGGAGAUAUCAGAUCCUAGAACGGAGUCGUUGACUGAUAGAAUCUCCGAUAAGAUUCAUGGAGACGGAGACGCCGACGCCGACGGGGAAGGGGACGUGCACACAAGUUCUUCUUCGUCGUCGUCUGACUCUGAGCAAGAGGAUGACAAAGGAGCAACGGAAUCUGCGGUCAAGGAGAAGACUUAUCAAGCGUUCCGCCCUGAAAAGCCGGUUCACAAGGUUUUUGGUGGAGGCAAGCCUGCUGAUGUGUUCUUGUGGAGGAACAAGAAAAUAUCUGCCUUGCUGCUUGGUGUAGCAACGGUAGUCUGGGUGUUUUUCGAGUUACUUGAAUACCAUUUGCUCACUCUGGUCUGUCACAUUGCAAUCCUCAUGCUGUCUCUUUCGUUCUUAUGGUCCAAUGCUUCAGUUUUACUCAACAAGUGGCCGCCCCAUAUUCCAGAAGUUCGCCUCCCCCAGGAGCCGUUUGUAGAAAUUGCUUCAGCUCUUUGCUCUGAGAUCAAUCAUGCAUUUGCAGUGCUGAGAUAUAUUGCAUCUGGCAGGGAUCUUAAGAAAUUCCUUGGGAUUGUAUUUGGUCUUUGGUUUCUUUCGAUCGUGGGCAGCUGCUGCAGCUUCUUGACAUUGUCUUAUAUAAUAUUUGUGUUGCUGCACACCGUGCCUGUUUUGUACGAGAAGUAUGGUGAUAAGAUUGAGCCGUAUACUGAGAAAGCAAUGCAUGAGAUCCGAAAGCAGUAUGCAGUCUUCGACCACAAAAUCUUGAGCAAGAUACCCAAGGGAGCACUAGACAAGAAACGAGCAUAGGGAGAUUCAUAACUCCUAACCGUGAUACUGAAGUAUAUACGUUUUUGCUAGUGGUUAAGGGUUUCAGUCUAACUUCGCAUUCUUCAGUUCUAUUUUAAAUGGAUGUGACAAGGAUUCACAGUUACUGUUAA